AUGCCACAAUUUUGGAAACAAUUUAUUAAUAACCCCAAGAGUGUGUCAACUGACUCUAUCCCUGUACCGUCACGAAAAAAUUCUGACUCUACUAGUGCUAAUCUAUCUACAUCUAUACCUUCAGUGAAAAAACUUUCCACUAUUACAGCCAAUGCUACAACUACUACAACUACUACCUCAGCAAUUGCAACUGCUAAUUUACACUCGAAUAAAACCACUUCCACUGCAUCUCCACCUAGAGUAAGGCCGAUUCUCUCCACAAGACCAAACUCUUUUCACACGUCCUCAAGUCAUAAUGUAAAAACUAAUUUCUAUAGCAAUACUAAUAGAUUAAGUUCUCAUGUUGUCACCACAAAAACUGAUGAUUAUAAGGUCUAUAGAGAUACCUUCUUAAACAAUAAGAAUGGAUUUAAUGGACAUGUUUUCGGUGUGUCUUUAUCUGAUUCACUAUCUGCUGCAUCUGCUGAAGUCAUUGUGCAAAGUGAAUUAGUCAGCUUUGGUAGAAUACCUAUCGUAGUCGCUAAGUGUGGUGCUUUCUUAAAAUCAAAUGGGUUAGAAACUUCAGGGAUAUUUAGAAUUGCCGGAAAUUCUAAACGUGUUAAAGAAUUGCAAUACAUUUUCUCUCAUGGACCCGACUAUGGUUCAAAAUUUAAUAAUUGGGAUGGUUAUAGUGUACAUGACGUAGCAUCUUUAUUGCGAAGAUUUUUAAAUAAUUUACAAGAACCGUUAAUUCCACUUUCUUUAUAUGAAGAUUUUAGAAAUCCUUUAAGAAAUAGACCUAGAAUACUGAAACAUAUGGCACUACAUCAUGUAUCACACCCAAGUGCAGAUAAGACGAAUUCUUUGUCGUUAAAGAUGGUUGAAGAUAGAGAUAAUAGUAACAAAAAUACUGCUACUACUACUACUAAUAAUAAUAGUAAAGAUACAAGUAAUAAUAAGGAUACCAAGAAAAGUAUCCCUACAGAAAAUAUAUGUAGUAAAGUUGAUAAUUCAAAAUCAGGUCAAGAGAAUCCAAUUACUCCAUCUGAAACAAUUAAUAAUAAUAAUAUUCCUGAAGAAAGUAUAAAUAAAGAGAAUGUGUUAGACAAACCCAAUGACACUAAUAAACAAUCAACACAAAAUGAUAAUUCACAAGAGAAACAAAAGACAACUACAGAAAACAAUAAUACUGCUUUGAAAGAAAACAAUAAUAAAGAAACAAAAGAGGAGCAGAAAGGAGAAAAUGAAGGUGAGAUCGAUGAAGAAGAAUUACAAAGAAAGAAAAAACUUCGUCAUAGAAAAAAAUUGAGUAGAGAUAUUCGGGCAGCUUUAAAAGACUAUGAAACUUUAUUCAUACAUUUAAAUAACGAUACAAAACAACUGACCAUAUAUCUCUUAGAUCUUUUGUCUUUAUUUGCCAGGCAAUCACAAUUUAAUCUAAUGUCUGCAAGAAAUCUAGCAGCAAUAUUCCAACCUUCCUUUCUAUCUCAUCCACAACAUGAUAUGGAUCCAAAAGAAUACGAAUUGUCCCGUUUUGUAGUGGAAUUCCUUAUAGAAUAUUCCUAUAAAUUAUUACCUCGUCUUUUGAAGAUAGCUAAAAAGGAGCAGCAAGAAAGAUCAAGCAGCCACAUGAAUAAUCAAAAUAAUAAUAGUGUGGAAUCGUUGACAUCCAUAAAGCCAUCUUUGGAACAACAUUCCUCCCCCUUGAAAAACAACGUUACACCACCGAGAGUGACUAUCAAUGAUUCUGAAACCAAUAAAUCUUUUGAUGUUGUCACUCCUAAGCAACCUUCUGCGAAAAGAUCAUCAUCUUCUCUGAAACCACCUACUGUAUCAUCAGCAUCUCAGCUGCGACCUCAAUACCCCAAGAACAUUAUUAGAAGGCCGCAUUCUAGAUCGAUUGGUUCAGCGCCUACUCCACCUGACAUGAUAGUUAGUAACCGAAGAAGAACUACGUUAUUUCCUUGGUUACAUAAGCCAGGUUUCUUAAGUGAUGCGGGUGAUUCUACUACAACUGAAAUAGAAGAUGUAGACGAUGAUCUCGAUGAUGAUACUAAUUCUCCAACCAUGAAUACUUCAAUUAAUAAGAACACUUUAACUGUACCUCCUAUAAAUAGAACAUUAAGUGGCAAUAGUACCUCCUCACCUGGUUUCCGUAUUAAUGGUUCCAACAGUAAUUCCAACAGACCUUUGUCCAUGGUAUUAAGCAAUGUGUUUAAUAAGUCCAGCGAUGAAUUACUGGAAUAUUCAUCGUCUAAUGAAGGUGAUAUUACAGGGCGCACGACAAAGACUAAAAGAAGAGAAUCAUGGUUCCAACGAUUUACAAAAUAA